AUGCCCCGCAACACCCACCGUUCUACUGCCUCGCAAGCUCGUAAAAGGACUCCAACUACCCUGCGCCUUCGUCUGUCCAAACCGCCUGUUCCGGAUGUUCCGGAUAAUGACGAGAAUCCAACUGAUGAUGAGAAGGAGGAUAAGGAGGAGGAGGAGGAGGAGGAGGAGGAGGAGACACAGUCAGAAGAUCUACCCCUGAGCCUGAGAUCUCAUUCAGGCUAUGUCAAAGAAGAAGUAAUCUCACCACCUGCCAAAUCCCCUCUCUAUCGUCCUGCCAAAUCCCCUCGAAUUCAUGAAAUAUCCGAUGACGAAAAGCUGCCGCCUACGCGUACAAGAUCCACGGCCACUAGCCAGCAGCUGAAGGAGGCUCGAAAUCGACGGUCAAAUGAGCAUGAUUCUUUGCGGAUUGGGCGUGAGAUAACUGCUCACUGGCGUUGUCAAAAGAUGAAUUGUCAUAACUUUGAGCAGGGCACUUGUUGGAUAGCUUUUGAUGAUACUCAUAUUCAACUCCUGAGUAAUAAUCAAUGUGAUGGUGAUGAAAUAUAUGAUGGAAGGAAUGGGAGGCAUGGGAGGACUGAAUUCAAACUUGUCAUCGAAUUCAAACUUGCCAUCGAAUCCGAACCUGCCAUCGAAUCCGAACCUGCCAUCGAAUCCAAACCUGCCAUCGAAUCCGAACCUGCCAUCGAAUCCGAACCUGCCUCCUAUUCGAAGUAG